GGAAUUUUCGGUUACAUCAACUACUUGGUCGAGAAGGACCGCAAGUUCAUCCUCGACACUCUUGUCAACGGUCUGUCCCGUCUCGAAUACCGUGGCUAUGAUUCCGCUGGUCUAGCUGUCGAUGGCGACAAGAAGAAGGAGGUGUUUGCUUUCAAGGAGGUCGGCAAGGUCGCUAAGCUCAAAAAGCUUAUUGACGAGUCCGACGUCGACCUGGAGAAGGUUUUUGAUUCCCAUGCCGGUAUCGCUCACACCCGAUGGGCUACCCACGGUCCUCCUUCUACCGUCAACUGCCACCCCCACCGCUCUGACCCCACCUGGGAGUUCACUGUCGUUCACAAUGGUAUUAUUACCAACUACAAGGAGCUGAAGACUCUCCUCGAGAGCAAGGGUUUCCGAUUCGAGACCGAGACUGAUACCGAGUGUAUCGCCAAGCUCACCAAGUACCUCCAUGACCAGCACCCCAACAUUGGCUUCACCGACCUGGCCAAGGCUGUCAUCUCUGAGCUCGAGGGUGCUUAUGGUCUUCUGAUCAAGUCUGUCCACUACCCCCACGAGGUCAUUGCCGCCCGUAAGGGUUCUCCCCUGGUCAUUGGUGUCAAGACCCAGCGCCGCAUGAAGGUCGACUUCGUCGAUGUUGAGUACUCUGACGACAAGACCGCCCUCCCCGCUGAGGCGGCCGCCCAGAACGCUGCUCUGAAGAAGGGUGCCGAUCUCCUGACCCCCUCCAACACCCUUCUCGGAGCCCCCGACAAGUCUCUCCUCCACCGCUCCCAGUCUCGUGCCUUUAUGACCGAUGACGGCAUGCCCAUGCCCACAGAGUUCUUCCUCUCUUCCGACCCCUCGGCUAUUGUCGAGCACACCAAGAAGGUCAUGUACCUCGAGGAUGACGACAUUGCUCACAUCCACGAGGGCUCGUUGAACAUCCACCGUCUCAAGAAGGCUGAUGGAAGCUCCAACGUGCGAUCCAUCCAGACCCUCGAGCUUGAGCUCCAGGAGAUCAUGAAGGGCAAGUUCGACCACUUCAUGCAGAAGGAGAUUUUCGAGCAGCCCGAGUCCGUUGUCAACACCAUGCGUGGUCGUCUCGACAACCCCAACAAGACCGUCACACUCGGUGGUCUCCGCUCAUACCUCGCCACUAUCCGCCGCUGCCGAAGAAUCAUCUUCAUUGCUUGCGGUACCAGUUACCACUCUUGCAUGGCUGUUCGUGGUGUCUUUGAGGAGCUUGCUGAGAUCCCCAUUUCCGUUGAGCUGGCCUCCGAUUUCCUUGACCGUGAGGCACCUGUCUUCCGUGACGACACCUGCAUCUUCGUUUCUCAGUCCGGUGAGACCGCCGAUUCCCUCCUGGCUCUCCGCUACUGCUUGGAGCGCGGUGCCCUGACCGUUGGUAUCGUCAACGUUGUUGGUUCUUCCAUCUCUCUCCUCACCCACUGCGGUGUCCACGUCAACGCCGGCCCUGAGAUCGGUGUCGCCUCCACCAAGGCCUACACCUCCCAGUUCAUUGCCAUGGUCAUGUUCGCUCUGUCCCUGAGCGAGGACCGUGCCUCCAAGAAGGCUCGCCGCGAGGAGAUCAUGGAGGGUCUCUCCAACAUCUCUAGCCAGAUCAAGCAGAUUCUCGAGCAGGACUCCGCCAUCAAGGAGCUGUGCAAGAAGACCUUCCAGAACCAGAAGUCCCUGCUCCUGCUCGGACGUGGCAGCCAGUUCUCCACCGCCCUGGAGGGUGCUCUUAAGAUCAAGGAAAUUUCCUACCUUCACUGCGAGGCUGUCAUGUCUGGUGAGCUGAAGCACGGUGUUCUUGCUCUCGUCGAUGAGAACCUCCCCAUCAUCAUGAUCCUUACCCGUGAUCCUCUCUUCAAGAAGUCUCUCAACGCCUACCAGCAGGUUAUUGCUCGUGGUGGCAAGCCCAUUGUCAUCUGCAACCCUAGCGAUGAGGAGUUCAAGGCCUCCGAGGCCGAGAAGAUCGAGAUCCCCAAGACCGUCGAUGUCCUCCAGGGUCUCCUCAACGUCAUCCCUCUGCAGCUCAUUGCCUACUGGCUCGCUGUUCUCGAGGGUCUGAACGUUGACUUCCCCCGAAACUUGGCCAAGUCGGUCACUGUCGAG